UUCUCCGCUCGUGAAGCGACUGCAGGGAAGCCAGAUGCCCGAGCGCGAGCCGCUGCCUGUGGAUCCCCGUCCCGCGCGCCCAGAGCGAGAACCGAACCGCAGAGCCGGUUCUGUCUGCCACAUGAGAGGAGGAGGAUGAAACGCACGAAAGCGGAAUCGGACGUUUGGUGAUUUCUGUGCUCCCUUUUGACGCGCGCUCCGUUCCAGCCUCCACUUCAGGAGCAGGAGCUUCCUCUGACUUGGAGUAUUGGGCAUCAUUAGAAAAAUCCCCGUCAUUCCACUCUGCUGCUGCGGCGCCACUGACUCUGAACGCAUCUCUUUGGAAUAUAGCGCGCUCGUGCGCACCGAGCCAUGGAGAUUAAAUGAAGUGGAUUUAUGUUUGCCACAAAACUGGACAUCUACUUUAACCGCGUCCCCUUCUUUCAUCUUAUAUUUUCAUUUUAUUUUUAUCCUUUCUAUGAUUUCUAUUCUGAUUUAGUUGAUUUUAUUCCCUUUCAUUUGACCGGCUGCGACUUUAUGCUUUGGCGUCUUCAGUUUUCUUUCCGUUUUUCUUGUUUAUUUUCCUCCACUUUUCUUUUUUUGUUGUUGUCGUUGUGUUGGAUUUCUCGCGUGCGGGACUCGCAGAAGAAGUGGGAUGCUUCGCCGUGGACACUGGUGGAGAGAAGCCAGCGCGCAGCAGCGGGCAGGGAUGAAUGAUAGUCCCCCUCCACGUCUGUGACGUGCCAUGGAUGGGAAACUUAAUUUGGAUCCACGGAACCGAUCGGGGAAUAGCCGUCGCCUCAAAUAACUACUGCUGACAGCGAUCAGGACGAAUGUCAUAGGAUGAACACUGCUGGUGGGGUGUGUCUGUCUGUGCUGUCCUCCCUCCUGGCUCUGGCUGGGGUCCUGGCUGCUGUGUCUGACCUCCGUCUAGCUCCCCUCUCUGCUUUGGCUGAGGCUACCCAUGGGGCUGCUGAAAGCAGCAGGGCAGAGGGGCUUCCCUCACCCAUCUCCCCGCCGUGCUCCAGCCUUGUAACAGGGGUACUCUAUGGCUCUUUCUCCCUAAGGGAGCUCUUUCCGUCAAGGACUCCUGGCUGUUCCUGGUCUCUGGAAAAUCCAGACCCAACAAAGUAUUCGCUCUAUCUCCGCUUCGCCCGCCACCCCGUCAUCUGUCAGACACACUCCCCCAUGCUUUUGUCCCUUGACCAUCACUCUGCCAAUCAAAGCUGUCCUCUUCACUUGCAGACAUCCAAGGAUCAGGAAGUCGUUGAUCUCUGCGGCAGCCAAACUGACUCAGACAGACUCUAUUCUUUCCUACAGUUUGAUAAGAACUUUGUCCAGUUGUGUCUAACGAGACACCCAGCUGCGGACGAGCCUCAGGUAGCCAAGGAGUUGCUAGAACAGAGACUGGUAGAGGUGUUGCUCAUCAACAAUGAGAACUCCAGUCAGUUCACCUGUGGUGUGCUCUGCCGAUGGUUUGAGGAGUGCUUGCGGCCGGAUCACAAGGACAACCGGGAAGAUUCCGACCGGGACGGUUGCGGGAUGACUCAAACAGGCUGUGUUUGUCCUAAUCACAACAUUAUGGCACCACCUAUCCCCUUACUCCCAGAGACGCCGCAUAGUGUCAGCAACGGUUCACUGGUUCCUGAUGACUGCUGCGUCACGGAGCUGCAUUCCAAUGAUGCAAUCGCCAUAGCUCCCAGAGAUGUCCGACAAGAGCAAUACGAUGAUGAAGACCUGCGGGUGAAGACCCAAAGGCCGCGAUCAGCUGACCAGCCAGGUGUGUUUCAGGCACAAACAGGUGAUCCAGCAGCUGAGGAAUGGUCGCAGUGGAGUGUGUGUUCUCUCACGUGUGGACAAGGUUGGCAAGUGAGGACGCGGUCAUGUGUGUCUUCUCCCUACGGGACGCUGUGCAGCGGUGCCCUGCGGGAAACACGCAUGUGCAACAACACGGUCUCCUGUCCAGGGGAACCUGGGAUCAUAAGCUCAGUGCAUGGUCAGUGGGAGGAGUGGUCGUCAUGGAGUCUUUGCUCUGUGACCUGUGGGCGGGGCUCCAGGAUGCGAACCAGGAAGUGUGCGGACGGAGGCGGGGUUAUCACUUGCGAACGGCCAGAGGUUCAGACCAAACUCUGCAACAUAGCGGUGUGUCCUGUGGAAGGCCAGUGGUUGGAGUGGGGGCCCUGGUCGAGAUGCAGCGUGACGUGUAACCCGGGCGUCCAGCAGAGGCAGCGGCGUUGCAGCGCGUCGGUGCACGGCUGGGCUGAGUGUAAGGGUCCCCAUCAGGAGAGCAGAGAAUGCGCCAACCCAUCAUGCAGCGGAGGUAACUGGGGCAGCUGGAACCACUGGAGCCUCUGCAGUAAGACGUGUGACAGCGGGUGGCAGCGGCGCUUUCGUUUGUGUGAGGGCACGGGACCACAAGGUUACCCGUGUGACGGCUCGGCAGAGGAGGUCCGCUCGUGUAACGAGAAGAAGUGCCCUGCUCCUCAUGAGAUAUGCAAAGACGAACACCUCCUCUCCAUGUCAUGGAAAAGAGCCUCGGCUGGAGAAACCGUCUACAACAAGUGUCCAACAAACGCCACUGGAUCUGCUAGUCGUCGUUGUAUGCUGGACAAUAACGGAGUUGCUUUCUGGGGUCCUCCGAGCUUCGCCAGAUGCGUCUCGCUUGAAUAUAGAUAUUUACAUUUAUCUUUACGAGAGCAUCUCGCGAAGGGUCAGAGGACCCUGGCCGGGGAGGGCAUGUCUCAGAUCGUACGGAGUCUCCUGGAACUCUUGCAGAGGAGGAGCUACUACAGUGGCGACCUUCUCUUCUCCACGGAGAUCCUACGAAAUGUGACGGACACCUUCAAAAGAGCAACCUACAUCCCAGCUCCCGACGACGUGCAGAAAUUCUUUCAGGUUGUCAGCCACAUGUUGGACUUAGAAAAUCUAGAGAAAUGGGAGGACGCUCAUCAGGUCGCUCCCGGUGCUGCUCUGCUGAUGAGGAUUUUAGAAGAUUUUAUUCACCUCAUUGGCGAAGCCCAAAAGCCUUUUCAGAGUUUCUUAGUGGUGACGAAUAACCUCAUGGUAACCAUCCAGAGAGAGCCCGUAUCAGCGGUUUCCAGUGAUAUCAACUUCCCCAUGAAAGGCCGGAGGGGAAUGAAGGACUGGGCCAGAACCUCGGAGGAUAAGCUCUACAUCCCGAAAAAAGUUUUCACCAGUCCGACUGAAGAAGCAGAAGCGGAAUCGGACACCACCAUGUACUAUGUCAUCGGAGCCAUCCUGUACAGGACUCUGGGCCUCAUCCUACCGCCACCAAUUCCUCCAGCGGUGAUCAACUCAAAGAUCCUGACAGUGACGGUGCGACCAGAACCGCAGCUCAGUGAGCCAAUGGUGGAAUUGGAGCUUUCGCCUCUGCUAAAUGGAACAUCAGAUUCCGAGUGCGUUGUCUGGGACUAUGGCAACCCGGAGGCUGGCGCAGAGAACUGGGCCACCGAAGGCUGCCAAACGCUCGCAUCAAACACUGUCCACACCAAAUGCCGGUGCAGCAGGAUAUCCAGCUACGCCGUGUUAGCGCAGCAAGCUAAAGACCCGGAUAUGGGUCCCACCAGCAUGCCCUCUGUACCACUCAUGGUGGGGUGUGGGGUCUCCUGCACUGCAUUGCUCAUCCUACUGCUCAUCUAUGCUGCCUUUUGGAGGUAUAUCCGAUCAGAGAGAUCAAUCAUCCUGGUGAACUUUUGUUUCUCCAUCCUGGCCUCCAAUUUAUUGAUUUUGGCCGGACAAUCGCAAACAAUCAGCAAGGGCCUCUGUGCUGUGACUGCUGCCUUCUUGCACUUCUUCUUCUUGGCCUCCUUCUGUUGGGUGUUGACCGAGGCAUGGCAGUCUUACCUGGCAGUGAUUGGAAAGACCAGGUCAAGGAUCAUCCGCAAGCGUUUCCUGUGCCUCGGCUGGGGUCUUCCAGCCCUCGUCGUUGCAGUGUCAGUGGGUUUCACCAGAGCAAGAGGUUACGGAACAGCAAGCUAUUGCUGGUUAUCUUUGGAGGGCGGUCUGCUUUAUGCCUUCGUGGGUCCCGCUGCCGUCAUCGUGUUGGUGAACAUGCUCAUUGGAAUUGUGGUGUUCAACAAGCUCAUGUCUCGCGAUGGCAUUUCAGACAAAUCUAAAAAGCAGCGAGCGGGCGUCCCGGCGGAAGCGCGUAGCCGACUGCUCCUGAAAUGCUCCAAGUGUGGCGUGAUCUCGAGCACCGCUAUGUCCAGCUCCACAGCCAGCAGCGCCAUGGCGUCUCUGUGGAGCUCCUGUGUGGUUCUUCCUCUGUUAGCGCUGACCUGGAUGUCAGCAGUGCUCGCCAUAACUGACCGCCGCUCCACGCUCUUCCAGGUCUUAUUUGCCGUCUUUGACUCCGUCCAAGGUUUUGUCAUCAUCACAGUCCACUGCGCCAUGCGGCGAGAGGUGCAGGAUGCGGUGCGAUGUCGGAUGGGGGGAUGUAAGGACGACAGUGAAAACUCCCCAGACUCCUGCAAGAACGGACAGGUGCAGAUCAUGAAGUGUGCAGGUGCAAGCGUCUGUGGACAGCAGCACGGCUCUCGUCACAGCACUCCCCUGUGCCUGUCGGGUUGUCACCCACAACCACUCCCACCUACGUGCCACCAGACAUGCCAACAAGCCUGUUACCACAGUCUGCCCCGAAACGACUGCAACUACGGGCUAGACCACAACCACGCACAUGAGCACAUCCCAAUACUCAACAAUACCCACAACCAUGCCCAUAAUCACAUCAGCAACCGAGCAACGGACUUUGAGAAGGACGUGGAUCUGGCUUGUCAAACAGAGAGAGGACACCCAUUCAUUUUCAAAGAUGUUAACACGUGUAACCCAGCUACCAUCACCGGGACCCUGUCUCGAAUCUCCCUGGACGACGAAGACGAUCCUAAACUCACAGCCCAUCAGGAAGGAGGAGUGGGGGUCAACUUCAGCUCCCUGCCUGGAAAUAUCCCGCCACCAAAUCUCAUCGUACAGGUACCAACCCUUGGCCUCAAUGAGCUGAGCGAAUCCCCGCUGAAGAAAGAGCUGAACUUGGACCAGCAGAGGCAGCAGGGGCAGCAGCGCAACACUACUCCAAUUUACCUGUGCACCGAGAGUGGCCUGGGCUGGGCUCGACCGCCGGCUUCCUCCAACAACUCCCAAGAUGGCAGUGCGGGAAGCGGAGGGAGCGGGGGAGGAAGCGGGGGAGGGGAGGGAGACUACAUGGUCUUACCGCGCAGGACGGUCAGUCUCAAACCCCCGGCUUCCUCCUCGCAAGGGGGAGGCCUGGGACUUGGGGGCGAGGACCAGCCUCUCAACAUCGCAGUGGAGGACGCCCCCUUCCCUCCCCCUCCCUCCCCUCUGACUCUUCACCCAGCCGAGAGUGAAGCCUACCCGGCGGAUUUUGUUCCGUCCAGCGUGGGCGACAUGAACCUCACCAUGAACCUCAAUCGCUCCUACGGGACGAUCAAAACCAUGCCCCAUGGGCAUGGCCACUUGAUGGCUCAGGGGGGUCUCGUGCACUCCCACGGAGGACACAUGCACUCCCACGGGCAUUCGCUCCACCUGAAAGCGGGCCAGAGACCAUCAGUGAGGCAGAUUUUAACAAGCGGGCCUACAGUAGAGAGAACCAGGACCCUGCCACGCAACCUGGGAAGUACCAAUGCCAACACCAGCCACUCAGCGGGAUCUUUGGAGAGGAAAAGAGUUCGGUACUCUGAGCUGGACUUCGAGAAAGUGAUGCACACUCGCAAAAGACAUUCUGAGCUGUACCAUGAGCUCAACCACUCGUCCAAGUUCCACACCAUAGACAGGUAUAACAGGGAUCCAGCCAUGUCCACAUUCAAGAGGGAAAAAAGAUGGAGCAUUUCGUCUGCCGGAGGUGAAAAGAACUCGUUGAGUGACAAGUCAACUCCAGAGGACCAGAGCUCCUGGGACAGCUUCAAGACCAUGACCCCCGAGCUGUCCAUAGUUCCUGGCGAGCAGAAGGACCGCCUGGAACUGCACAAUAAGAACUGGGACUCAUCCUCGGCUAACACGCCCGACUCGUCCGAGGGAGACUUCCAGACUGAAGUGUGAAGGCUGGCGUACGCACUCUCGCUGUACCACAACACACAAGCUAAUGUGGAGAUGCAAAUGCACAACGAGAAAGUGGACUCCUGAAAGACCAAACACGGGAACACGAUGGUAUUUUUUUUCCUUUGCAAGGACCUUUCUCGCUGUGCUCCCCGAAACUGUUUACGGCUGGAGAGGACGGACGCGGGAAAGGGCGGGGGGGCGGAGCUGUUCUAGUCUAUAUUUUCUCAAAGACUAUCGACAAAAGGAAGAACAGGGCCUGGAUACAUCUGUGACUUGAGACGAUUUUAAAUGAACCCUAACAUAAGACGAAAGUAUGAAAAACUUUUUUUUUUCUGAAAAAAAUGUCUUGAUUUUAUUCUGGAGAAAAAAAAACAAAAAAAAAGGAAAUCUCUUUGAAUUGUUUCGGUCGGGAGGGUGUGCCGGGGAUGGGGGGAGACGAAUAUUUCUGCACCAUUCGGUUCUUUUUAUAGCAAGGGGAACAGAUCUCACCGAGGUUUCUCACAGUUGCCCCAGAGCGCCCUGCUUUCAUUAGUUUCUUUUACCCUGCUAAUGGAUGACGAAAGCAUUCUUGUCUUUCCAUGUGGUGUUCAGUCUGUCUCAUCAAGAGAGUGAAUGGGGUGGGCGGGGGGUGUCUAGGGACAGAUUUGCUCACUGAUAUGUGCCAUUUCUCUUUUCUUCAGGUUCAACUGCAGCCAUUCAUUCCUCUCAUUCCUGUAUCAACAUUUUCUUUAAUUUCCGCAAAUGUCAAAAAAAAAAAAAGGCACCUGAAAGAAACGACUACAGUGAUUUGUGGUCUGCGCUUCAACUGUUCAAAAGGAGCUCGUUCAUUUUUUUUAGGCUGCUUUGAUUUGUGCUGCUUAUUUCCACCAUUUGUUCUUGUUUCUUUCUGUUCUCAAAGAGAACUGAAACACGAGGAGCUUAUAAAACGAAAAAAAAAAUAACGCACAUGAGCUCUCCUUCCAAGGUUAUGUGCAAAAAAAAAUCUAAGCAUUUUUCUGCCUUUUUUUUCUUUCUACCUCCAGAAGAUAAAUGUGUUGAAAGAUUGCGGCUCCUGAAUCCAUUUUAGCCAUCACCUGUCAGUCACCGCGACACCAGAAAAGUCUGUUCCAGUCAUUUUUGUCUGAUCCCUGAGCAGCAUGCCACUAUUGAUCACUUCACACCCCCCUUUCUAUCAUGACUUGAAGACGGUUAGAGCCACCAGUUGAUAAUUUGUGAAAAAAAUAAAUUUCAUUUUAAACAUAAAGUGCUACAACUAUGCUUCUUUGAAAACAACCUGACUCGCCCUUUUUUUUUUCCUCCGUCACUCCAAAGCAUGAAAUCUUAAUGCCAACAGCAAAGUCAGACGUAUAAUUCCAUGUUCACAUGGAUUUCUCUCUGUGUGAUUAUAUCACGCGUCUGUGAGCACAGCAGCUGCAGAAGGAGAGCAUGAAAUAGAAAGUAAGAGCGGGAUUCACAGAGGUUAGAGGGAGACGCCGUGUCAGAGCGGACGACGGCGUUACCUGCUUGACAUUCAACGUCCGUGCCGCCGUUGUUACAAGCAGAUGACCGCUUCCCUCGCUGUUAUGCUACUUACACACCUGGCAUGUGUCGGGGGUUCAAAAACGAGCUCUUGUUUUUGCUAGGAGAACUGGACUGAGUGGCCCCUCCCCCAUCACGUUCCAAACAGGAAGUACCAGCUGGCUCCAAGAAGCCAGAGAAUUGUCUAUUUGUUAAAUUAACCAUUCUUACUCUGAUACAUCUUAUUGAUAAUUCUUUGUCUUUAUUUUUUUUUUUAUUAAAUACUAGUGAUGUCAAUCGAUUAAAAACAAUAAUUCAAUUGUGAUUAGUCACGAUUAAUCGCAAUACUUUCUAGGUACUUUGAACAAAAACAGGCCAAAAAAAGAAACAUUUUCCUUCCUUUUUAUUGUCUGAAAUGUUGAACUUUAUCAAGUGUUAAAUCAAAUAUCACAGAAGUGUAAUUUGUGUGCACAAAAAACAUCAACAGUAAGAUAAGCAGAACUCUGAAGACUUUUAUGACUCAAAAAAAAUACACAAGAAAACUUUCAAGGUACUAACAUAUAAUAAUAGUUUAAAAAAUGUGUUUCUGUGCUUUAACUAACUUUCACAUAAACUUAAAUCAUGGUCCAGGUGAAUACUCGAGUCUGAUUGGCUACUGAAUGUGGACGUGGACCUUAAAAGGAAGUUCCGGUCACAUAGCUCAAAUGUUCUGUAAACAAGCGUUUGCCUCAUCAUCUGUAUAAAAACAAACGAUUAGAGGUGAUGCAUUAUUUACCCGUAAUGAUCACUUAUGGAUCUACGCCGCCGUUACUGUGACAAUAAUCCGCACCACAUAUCAAAUAGUUAGCUUUGAGUGAAAACGCAACAGAAACUGAGAUUGUCAAAUUCCAUUGUGUCAACUAUCAGUGGGAGGGGUGUGGACUUCCAACAAGCUCACCCCUGAUUGGCCACAUUAGUUGCCAUGGAAAAGACCGACCAAUCACUGUCUAGUGACAUCGUCUGACUCCAACAUGGCAGAAAAGUAGUGACUGAAUUGACUUAAUUUUUCCUUAUUUUUUGGAGUCUGAAGUGAGCGAUUUUCUGCUAGUGAUGUCACACUUGCUCAGUCCAGUUCUCUUAUGCAGUUAAUGGUCGCUACUCAAUGCCAGCGCAUGUUCCUGCAGUUGGAAGAAGUUUGGUGUGAAGUAUCAAAACUUUUUCACAACUUCAAUCCAAUACAAACGACUUAGUGUCAUAUAAUUCCAUCCAGGCACAAACUGAAAUGAUUGAUUUCAACUUCAUGAUCAAUUUUCAAACAGUUGGCACUUCCACAAAUUUAAAAGGACGCCAUCCAUACGUCACUACCAAAUCCAAGUCCCUGAUGAUCAAAGUUCAGCUGGUUUAACUUUCAAUGUAGGCUUAAAAACUAGCUUGUGAAGGCAACAUUUUUAAACACAUAAGCCCAAAAUGCACAUAUACGAGAGUUUACAUAGACUUUUUGUUGAAAGUGGUCGCUGGUAUGAAGGUAGCAUUACUGCAUUUGCAACGUCAGUCAUCCUCACAGAUUGAGUGAGUCUUUCAGAGUACAGGAUGGAUGCAAUAAGAGCCGAGAUGAACAUUUUAGUCCCAAUAAAAAGACAGUUUCUGGAACUCGAGGGAAACUUAAGAAAACGAGGCCAAGAAACAAAAGCCAGGCAGAAAUGCAGAAGAAGUGGAGAGCUCAAAACAGCAAUUAUCCGGGGAAGGCGAUUUGUCCUGACAUUUUCCAUUGCAGCCCUCAAACCAUCUGUUUAAAGAUCCCUAAUGUGGUAGUAGAGCAGCGCAGCGCAGAUGGUGAGACAAGAGUGGCGCCCUUGUAACCUUUCAAGCUAAUCAGCUGAUAGGCAAACCUACAGCUUGGCCUCUCCCAGAGGAGCGAGAUUGGUUUGAUCCCGAGUUCCAGAGCUAAGGUCACAUUCACCUGACCUUCUGUGAGGCUCCGCACCCAGAUCCACUGAAUAAAAGCAGCAGUCUGGCAGCUACACUCAGUAGGUGUUACUCCAUCGCAAUUUUUUUUUUCCUUACAGCUAUAAGAGAUUCAUUUGGAGGGAAAACAAAGUCCUGUUCCCAUGGUAACCUAUAAAAGAGAUCUGCAGAAAGGGAGAACUACAUGUUUUGGUUUCAGCAGUGUGACAUUUUGUUGCAUUCUUUUUUUUAUGAGUUUGAAGUUUUCAUCUCUGAGAAUGGUAAGUGAAAUUCUGCUUGACUGACUGAAACCCUCGUCUCCGGUUGUAAUGCUAACCUCUAACACACGAGGACGGUGGUCAGCAUGUCCGGAUGUGUCUGCUUGUCGUGUCCAUUUCUCUGUUAAAGCUUCCCAACGUCAUCAGCUAAAGAAAGUCCUGUGAGAAGGUCAAAUUUGCAACUGAACUCCAUGUCCUUUACUCUCCACCCGUCAGCCUUUGAUGCUUAACUUGUUAACCAACUCCUUCAACCAUCCACCUGAUUUCUUAUUGACAACAAAACCCUCCUUUUCUCCUUCAUUUUUUUUGGUUCUUUUUAUACAUAAGAUUGUGCAAAGUAGUCCUCUAAUGUUUUCAUAGUGUCUUUUUAUAUGAAAAUAAAUUUUCAAACCAA